AUGCGGUUGGAGAGGGGCUCUAUUUAUCAAUCAGAUUGCUCAUCCAAGUCAGAUAGUAUUGCUCACCCAGAAGCCUUAUCGGAAGAUAAGAAAUUUUUUCAAAAUAUUUUGAAGUCAAAAUCAUAUCAAGAUUCUGUUAAAGCUAUUGUGAUUGACGAAGCACAUCUAGUGGAAGAAUGGUAAGAAUUUUAUUUUAAUAUACGAUACUGAGUGUUAAAUUAUAAUAUGGUUGAGGUGCAAAACAUGUAAAAAAAAACAUUCAGACUGAGCCUGAACUAUUAUGAUUAUAUAGCAAGUUUCAAAUUUCACUUUUCCUAUAUUUUUAUUGGUCGAGAUUACAGUAAGUCAAGUGAGAGUCAAGAAAUUAAGCUGUCUCCCUCGGAGUUCCCUGCGAGCAGAGGUCCCUAGAGCACCGGAGCCAGCAGGGAACCCUUGAAGAGACUCCACAGAUGCUCGGCAGGGAGAUAACACAUUAUCCAGGGCAAUCUUGUUCCCCAAGCCUGCGAUCCUCGGGAAGGAAUGAGAGGCUCUGGGAUAAUCUGUUUCAGGGAGGAAUCUGAUUGGCUGUUGAUAUGGAAUGCGCAGUUCGGUCUUAGCCAGGAUUCCUGCCUUCCGGCAAUGUAUUUUCCCAGAGCCCCACAUUCCUUUGUGAGGAUUGCAGGCUCGGGAAACGAGAUUGUGUCUAGGGGUGAAUAACAAAUAAUCACACAUGUGCAUGUCAUUAUGUUGUUUACAUUGUUUUCUGGUUGAGAACUGUGAGUUGGUAUGAUAUUGACUGGUCUCCUCAUGAGACUUCCUGUUAUGUGCACCCUCAACCACCAUUGGAAAACAUUGGUUGUUGAGGGUCCACAAAACAGGAUGUCUCCUGAGGAGACCAAUCGACUAAUAAGUAAGACUAAUAAGUAAUAAUUAUACCAUCAAUAUAUUUAUUAACCAAUUAAAUUGCAUUGCACCUUACUCUGUUAUUUUAUUCUGUCUAAUGAUCUCUAAUGCCAUAUGAUUUUACUCAUAUGGCACUAUAGUCAUGGGGUCGGAGGGGAUAGUACUGGAGAGUGGAGAAUACAUGAUGAUCAUAAUUAUUUGAGUAAAAUAUUUGGUGUUAACCCUUUAAGUGGUCUAAUAAUGUAAGACAAUUUUACUCAUCAAGUAAUGAGUGCUGGCUUACUCAAUGGGUAAAAGAGUAGGAAGCAUGAUGAUAGUGCAUUGCCGCUGGACUUGUUAAUCAUUGACAUGUCUUUUUCUUGUUUAGGAAAAGUUUUGUACCUUGUUAUGGGAAAAUUGGUAUGCUGACAAGUAUUUUUCCCAAGAUCACAUUUUUGGCAAUGACAGCAACUGCCACAUUGCAGAUGAAAAAGGAUAUUACAACCAGUCUCGCAUUGAUCAAUCCAAAACAUAUUGAAAUAAGCCCUGAUCGUCCCAAUAUUUUCUUCAGCUCUUUGCCAAGACCUAAUAGAGGGGAUGAUCCCUUCAACCUAUAUUAA